AUGAUGACUACACGAGGCAUAACUUCUCCAACACCGGAUGAACCAGGAACUGUUCCAGUUCCUAACCCGGGAUUUGUACACAAGGAGGAAGAGGCUCAGGACCAUACCAGUACUGAACCAGCGCAGGAUGCGACUUCCAAAGAAUUACCUCCACAAGCUGUUCCACAGGUCAACAUAACCAUGGAGAUACUGCAGACCCUUAUACAAGGACUCAGAACCACCAGACCGUCGCACGCGACUACCAGCGAACAUCGUGACACCAAGGUUCCAGACCCCAAGCGCUUCGCUUCAAAAUCAAUCAAGGAAUUCGAGGAAUGGAUUGAGGACGUAGAAAACAACAUCUCAAGUCGUCCCCGGUCCUACCCCGACGAAGCAAGUAAAGUCCAAUAUGCUACUGCUUAG